AUGCAUUUGCAUUUCGAGAAGAACAACAAUGCCAAGUGCGACUGCAACAUCCUGUCGCUUAGCUGGAUGGGCAAGGUACCGGACGAAUCACCGGAGGACGAAGGAUGGAAACUAGACCGUACAAAUUACUAUCAGGAGGGAUGGUUGGCCACCGGUAACGCUCGUGGCCUCGUGGGGGUGACUUUUACUACGUCCCACUGUCGAACGAGGACCACGGAACUUCCGCUGAGGGCAAAUUACAACCUUCGGGCACAUCGGAGCGAAGUAAUACUUGUGAAAUGGAAUGAGCCGUAUCAGAAGUUAGCUUCCUGCGAUAGUUCCGGCGUGAUUUUCGUAUGGAUCAAGUACGAAGGAAGAUGGAGUAUAGAACUGAUCAACGACAGGAGUAUACCCGUCACGCAUUUCUCUUGGUCACACGACGGUCGCAUGGCUCUUAUAUGCUACAGGGACGGUUUCGUACUCGUAGGCAGUGUUGCUGGUCAAAGAUAUUGGUCGUCGAUGUUGAACGACAAAGCUACAAUUACCUGUGGGAUUUGGACACCGGAUGAUCAACAGGUAUAUUUUGGAACAACAGCAGGACAAUUAAUAGUAAUGGACGUUCAUGGAGCAAUGGUGUCAGAGGUACAACUAGCAGCUGGUGUCACUUCAAUGGUAUGGAGCGCGGAGAAGUUUACGAUGGAGGAAGGUGACGACGAUUUAACGAAUGACAGAUCCCAUAGAGACGACCGGAAUUACGUUUUAGCAGUCUGCCUUGCAGACGGCAGUAUCGUGAUGCUGCGAUCAUUCGACGACGUGUCGCCAAUCACGAUACGUACAAACCUAAAGGCUCCGUUGCACGCGGAAUGGAGUAAUUCGAGAAAAUUGUUAGCUAUCGCCGGGACGAAGGACUCGGACAGCCCCCAGAGCGGCCCGCAUGAAUGCACGAACCUUUUGAAAUUUUAUUCGGUGACCGGCGCCCUUGUGUACACCACGGCGGUACCGUACACGCAAUGUCCAGUGUCGGCGCUCACGUGGGGACAUAACGAUAGGAGACUUUUCGUCGCGACCGGAGCACGUGUACACGCGGCUUGGGUGUCAAGACGAGUAGGUUCGUUGCAAUUGUUGUCUCGUUUAGCUGUGAGAGCAGCUCUGACAAGGGAGUCCAGUGUUCAGCAGCUUCCAUUGCCGCCGAGAUUGAGAGCAUCCGUGGCCGCACUUUUCGCCAGUACAAUAAGAUGUUCAGUACCAGAACCAAGAGAGUUAAGGCGUUUCGUAUCGCGACCGCCUCCAGGAGGAGGAAGAUUGAACUGCACCAUGCUCAGACACGCGGUGGAACCAGUUCCAUGUUACACGUUAUACUUAGAGUACCUAGGAGGACUGGUGCCCCUCCUGAAGGGUAGGCGAACUAGCAAAAUCAGGCCAGAGUUCGUGAUAUUCGAUCCGCAAAGUCAAGAUACUUUACAAGUAGUCGAGGAUAUGUCGCAAUGUCCGUCGUUCAGCGAUGGAUCCGAUACAGAGAGAGACACGGCUGACCUGUGUGGAUCACCUAGGAACAAAAGAAAAAAUAGAAGAAAAAGAGAAGAAAAAACGACCGAGGAGAAUGACGAUCUUACUUACGUGGACACCUUGCCCGAGCACGCGAGGCUCGUCGAAGUAACGUCCAAUAUCUGGGGCACGAAAUUCAAGUUUCAUGGAUUAGCGGACUCGGUGCCCGCCAACUUGGGUCAGGUUACCUAUCGUACGUCGUUGUUGCAUUUGCAACCACGACAAAUGACUCUGGUAAUGACAGAGUUGCGCGACGAUGUGCCAGCAGGUCCAGAUCCCACGUUUAACCCAAACUUAUUUUCCGAGGAUGAGGAGGAAUCGUUCCAGGAACUCCAAGCCGCAUCGAGGAGUACUACCGAGGCGCAAGCUCCGCCGAUCGCGCCAAUGACACCCCGUAACGCACGGCUGAACUCUAAUCGCCCGAAAUCCCAAAUUUCGAAUCAAUUUAUAGCCAGUGAAGCUUUGCCCGCCACACUGUCCAGGGUCGAGAAUUACGAGAACGAGUUGCCCUACGUGGACCUGCAGGAAAUGGGAAAUUUAUACGAUAAUCUGAGGACCGCUCCCACGAACACCUAUCGAACGCCGCCGAGGCACAAUCCACCGAGAUGUUGCGACGUUCCAGCCCUGCAGUCGCCGAAAAACGCAGUCGCACCUACAGAGACGAUAAUCGCGACAUCGAAUACUGGAACCGAUUACACGAACAACAUCCAGAGGAUGAAGACUGUUCUAGCUGAUCAGCAAGCCGGUGUAGUCACGAAGAAAGAGCUCGAGAAUAAUAAAUUUAACCAGAUAUCCCAAGACGAUAAAACUAUACUCUCGUCUUGUCCGACGACAAUUAUUUCUUUGUCCAUACAUAACGGUCAGCCUUCGAGUACAGAAGCGUCGAGUAGUCGUGGCUGUUCGCAAACUGCCGUCGCCAACGGUUUGGACAACAACAACAGUUGCUCUCCGACACAAACGAUCUUCCUCAACGGGGUUCAGGGUAAGAAGAACAGUCACAACACCAGCACCGCUUCAGGAACUGUGAAUCAAGCAUCUUCGUUAAGCUCUUACCCACAGCAUGGACAAAGCAACGGUCCGUUCACCAAGAAUGGUAUACACUUGACCAGCAAUCACUCGCCGGCGUGCUCCUAUCAAUUCCCGGAAAACAUCGAGCAGUGCGUUGGACAGUCUUGCUCCCAUUGCACUACGAAGUACAAAGACUUCAAGCCGCACGAGUCCUGCGGUAAAACUAACGCGAACCAUCCGGCCACUUGUAGUUCCACCGGUAAAACCGAGGAGAUACGUUUCAUCGACGACGAAUCACGCGGCGAAGCAGUGGCGUUGGAACAGUCGCGAGCUGUUCACAGAACACCGACGGUUGUCAGUAUCGGUCCCCUUUGCCUGAACGACUCCAUCGUCAGAAGUUGCAGCGUUGGUUACUUGGACAUGGUGGACGCGCAAUUGGUCCCUUGCGACGUCGCCUUGAAGAUGCUUCGAAAGGAGGCGCCCAAUAAAAGGCUAGUCCUGGUAUCGAGGAAGACGAAGAGGAGAAAAAAGAGUAAGCCUCAGCCCGAAAUCGGUCAACAGACAUCUAAAUCCCCGAGGCUUCGGAACUGCGGCAAAUCGAAGAGUCUGGACUCCAGCGACAUAUUCCCAAUGAACGAGCAUGUCGCUGCGCCGCCAAAGUUAUCGGAACACAUCGAAGAAGCGUUAGGGGUCGCUAACGCGGAAAUGGCCGAGGAUAAAAGUAACGAGUCAUUGGAGAAUUCGUCCGAUGCGAUAGAGGUGUUCGUUCAGUGUACGAAGCGUACAGCCAGUCCUAAUCUGGUCAAUCCUGCCGUGAAACCGAGUCGAGUGGAAAGUUCUAAUUCACCCGUUAGAGGCUCCAGUCCAAGCGGCUCACUGGCGUCAUCCUUGGACGGUCUUGCAGCUCGACUUCGAGAUUUCGACGAGAGUCACUCUUUACCACCGCCAUCGCCUCGUCCAUCGUCCAGAUUGCCCAGAAGUUCUCCUAGUAGUCCAGCACCCUCGAAGAAAGGCAAAAGACCGGCGUCAGCUUCGCCAAUUAGGAGAAGGCUGCUAUCGAGUCCUUUAUUAAGUAGAAAGGCGCGAAAGAGUCGAGGUGAAAGUUCGGACGAGGAAGGUCUGCUUCAAGACGACUCGUCAACGAACUACAGAGACCUUGAAACUUUCCAAAAGGCACAGUUACGCCAAAAGUUAAAGCAAAAAGGGGUCGGAAUAUCUAGUCACAAAUCGGAAGCGGUAAGACGAGAACUUGUGAUGCAUAAUAAGGCGCCUAUGUGGAACGAAUCUAGCCAAGUAUAUCAGCUUGACUUUGGCGGCAGGGUGACACAAGAAAGCGCAAAAAACUUUCAAAUAGAAUUCAAAGGUCGUCAGGUCAUGCAAUUUGGGAGGAUAGAUGGGAACGCCUACACGCUGGAUUUUCAAUAUCCUUUCAGUGCGCUGCAAGCGUUCGCCGUUGCCUUGGCCAAUGUUACACAACGGCUCAAGUAACUGACACUCACCGGUACUUCAUUUGAUACAAGUUCGUGUGAAAUUUGGAAC